AUGCUUUCUUCAAGGGCUAGCGUGCUCGGCGCUCCUCUCGCCCGUGGCGCCGCUCGCCGCGCGUUCGGCAGCGCACCCACCACCCCCUUCAUUGCGCUCGCUACCCUCGGUGCCCCCGCGGCUCUUGCCGUUGGCCUCCGCCAUGUUCCCGCCCCACGCGCUCACCUGCGCUUCUAUGCCACCGAAACCCGCACCACUUCUACUACUUCCGCCACUCCCCCUCCUCCUCUGUCGUCCUCUGCUCCAUUGAGUGAGAAGACCGGUGCUGUCCCCGUCCCUCCUCCCGGAUCCCCCGCUCCCUCUGCCCCCGCUGUCGCCUCGGAGAAGGCUACCGAAGUCGCUCCUGCGUCCACCGAGCCCAAGGAAGUCGUCAAGGAGAAGAAGCCCAGUGGACCAUGGCACAAGCGUGCUUGGGCCGUGAUCAAGCACGAGGCCGCUCACUACUGGGCCGGUACCAAGCUGCUUGGCCAGGAGAUCAAGAUCUCGUCCAAGCUCCAGUACAAGGUUCUCCAGGGCGGCUCGCUCACCCGCCGUGAGCGUCGUCAGCUUCGCCGUACCACCAGUGACCUCCUCCGUCUCCUGCCGUUCUCCGUCUUUGUUAUUGUCCCCUUUAUGGAGAUUCUUCUCCCCGUCGCGCUCAAGCUCUUCCCCAACAUGCUUCCGUCCACUUUCGAGGGUCAGCUCGCCAAGGAUGAGAAGGAGCGCAAGCUUCUCCGUGUGCGUAUUGAAAUGGCCAAGUUCCUCCAGGAGACUGUCCGCGAGUCUGGCCUCAAGGCCGACAACGUCGUGCGCUCCACCGAGUUUAAGGAGUUCUUCCGCAAGGUUCGCUCGACUGGUGAGGCUCCCUCGACCGCCGAUGUUAUCCGUGUCGCCAAGCAGUUCAACAACGACAUCACCCUCGACAACCUUACCCGUCCCCAGGUCGUGUCCAUGUGCCGCUACAUGAACAUUAACGGUUUCGGCACCGACAACUUCCUCAAGCAUCAGAUCCGCAACCGUCUCGAGAAAAUUCGUGUCGACGACAUGAUGAUUCACGCCGAGGGUGUCGACUCGCUGUCGACCGUUGAGCUCCGCCAGGCCUGCCAGUCGCGUGGUAUCCGUAUCUCGGGCACUUCACCUGCCCGUCUCCGCGAGGAGCUCGAGCAGUGGAUCGACCUGCACUACUCGAACGGUAUCUCUGGUGUUCUUCUCAUCCUGUCGCGCGCCUUCAACUUUGAGAACAAGAGCGACGACAUUAUGAACUCGCUCGUGACCACUCUCUCGUCGCUCCCCGAGAGCCUCAUCAACGAGGCUGAGCUCGACGUCUCCGCCGAGAACGCCACCUACAAGCAGAAGCUUGAGGUUCUCCGCGAGCAGCAAGAGCUCAUCGAGGACGAGGCCGACCAGGAGAAGGAGGAGCUCCAGGCCCGUAAGGAGAAGAAGGAGGCUGACGAGGCUGCCAAGCGCGAGAAGGAGGAGGCGGCCGCCGAGGCCAAGGCUGCUGCCGAGGCUGCUGCCGCCCCCGAGUCUGCUUCUGCCGAGCCCAUCUCUGCCGCUGCCCCUGCUACAACUGUCGAGUCCGCCACCGCCGCCCAGACCGCUACCCCCGAGACUCCUGCUGCUUCUUCCGAGGCUGCCCAGGAGGCUGCCAUCGUCGAGGAGGCUGCCAAGAUUGAGGACGACGCCAAGAUGACCAAGGAGCAGCUCAUGGAGCUCGCCGAGGCCCUGUCUAUUCUUACUGCCAAGUCGUCGAUUGUCAAGGAGCGCGACGAGCUCCAGGCCCUGUUCGCCGACAACCUGCUCUCCGAGGCCGAGUCCAAGGAACGCCCCGAGGAGACCGACUCCAAGACCAUUGCCCUGUCCAAGCGCGUGCGCUCCAUGAUCAAGAAGAUUGACGCCCAACUCGAAAAGUACAACGAGCGCGUCGGAUCGUCGUUGAACCUCAUCGAGACCAACGCCAAGGGCCAGAUUUCGCUCAAGGACCUCAAGGCCGCAUUGGGCGUGAUCAAGCACGCGCCCGACGCCGACGUCAUUGAGACGCUGGGCAAGAAGCUCGACGUUGACCAGGACGGCUUCGUCGAGCUCGACCACGUGCUCGACCUCGCGGUCGACGACGGCCUCGGCAUCAUCCUCGACGACGACGCCGCCACCCUCAUUGACAAGGGACACGAUAUCCGCCACAGCAAGGAUAUCAAGGAGCUCAAGCCCAAGCGUGAGGACAUUAUUUCCGAGUAG